AACGCCCGUUUAAGUUAUAUACAUCGAUCACUUAUUUUAUUUUUUACAAUGUUACCUCUUAUAGCACAUUGAAGGGGAGCCUUCGAGCAACGAUAAAGUUGUUUCUGUAUGACCUAUAGGUCAUGGGUUCGAGCUGUGAAAACAAGCACUAAUGAUUGCAUUAGGAUAGGCUAUCUACAUCACACCCUCCUUUCCGGAACUCUACUAACACGGGAUGCUCUGUGCACCUAACUGCCCUUUUUUUUUUUUUUUUACCUCUUGUAGCAUAUUAUCCCAUACUUUCUUUUCCGGGUUCUUGAAUCAUGUUCGUUAUAAACAGUUACUUGUUACUCUUAUAGGUUCAACUGGAUAAAUGAAUACCCGCCGCUACUUUCUUACACCAGUAUCUCUUUGCCAUUCGAGCAUCGUCGUAUCUUUCCCACCAAUUUCACCAGCAACAGUACUAGGAGAUGAAAGAAUGGCUAGCACAGGCGGAAAUAAUAGAAACAGGUCGUCGCGUAUACAUCAUUCUAAUUCAUUCUUGAUAAGAAUGGCAAUGAAAAUAUCAAGAGCAAGGUGGUUCAGUUUCCUAAGAAGAGUUUUCCAUUACCAGAAUGGCGGGUCAAGAUCUGAUCUCGGGUCGAAUCCUUUCAAUUCAAUGACUUGGAUAAUGAUGGAGUGUAUAGCAUUAAGUGUUCAAAUAAUUAUGAGUGUAUAUACACUGGCUGUUUCAAAAAAGGAGAAGCCAGUUUGGCCGAUGCGGAUAUGGGUGCUGGGAUAUGUCUUUGCAUGUAUUGUUAGUGUCGUGGUGCUUUACUGGCGUUAUCUGGCAUUCUAUGUGACGACGCAAAGAGAUGAUCAUUCUGACAUGGAGCAGCAAAGAAGCCAUGACGAAUCCAGCGCAUUACACGUAAUGGAGAAAAUCAAAACUUCUCUCGAGCUAUUCUUUGCAAUAUGGUUCGUGAUGGGGAACGUUUGGGUGUUCGAAUCGCGCUUUUUAUCAUACCAUCGUGCUCCUAAACUUCAUCUGCUAUGCAUCUCUCUCCUUGCAUGGAAUGCAGUCACAUACUCUUUCCCCUUCAUAUUGUUUCUAUUGCUAUGCUGUUGUGUCCCAAUGUUGAGCAGCUUUCUAGGCUACAAUAUGAACAUGGGAUCUGUAGAUAGAGGAGCAUCUGAUGAACAACUCUCCAGUCUUCCAAGCUGGAAGUACAAGGAAAUUGGAAAGAAGGAAGAGCUCAGAAAUUCGGGUGUGGAAAAUGAAAAUACGGAAUGUUGUAUUUGUUUAGCCAAAUAUGGAGAUAAGGAAGAGAUCAGACAAUUGCCUUGUUCUCAUAUAUUUCAUCUUAAGUGUGUGGAUCAAUGGCUCAGAAUUAUAUCUUGCUGUCCUCUCUGUAAACAAGAAUUAGAGAGGUAAAGAUGCAAGAAAGUUAUCCUGAGGUUCGAUAAUUCAUAUUUUUUCUGCACAUUUUUACCGGCCUUUCCUUUUCUUUUUUCCCCUUUAAUUUUGCUUUCUGUAGUACAAUUUGAAACACAGAGAAUCGAGAUAAAUUGUACGGAAACUUGUUAUGUAUCUAUCCCCAAUUCCCCAUAAUGCUAACAGAAUACAAGAAGCUAAAAUUAGAGGCUUCCUAGUGUACACAUGUUAUCUGAAGGCCAUGCUCUUAAAUACUUCACUGAGUAAGUUUUUAGGGAUAAUAUACAUAUAAUAUUUAUAGAUAUUGUAUAUGUAA